AUGAAGAGCAGUGCGACAACACGUAAACGACGUACGGUGGUGACAUCCGGACUCAUCUUCGGUACAUUCCUGAUCGGCUGGUUGCCAGCCUCGCUACUGUACGUGCUAACUGCCCAGGGCAUGCCACUGCAUUACGUGAGGAGCAUCUGGCUCAACAUAUUUGCACUGACUACAUUGGUACUCAUUAUGGUCAAAUCGCUUACCAAUCCAAUUAUCUAUGCUAAUAGUUUAAAGUAA